AUGGACGCUCUGCGGCAGCGCUUCGAGCAUUUUCUGGAACGCAGGAACCUGGCCACCGAGGUGCUCGGGGAUCUCGAAGCCAGGACCGGUGUCGAGAAGCGGUAUUUGGCCGCGGGUGUCGUGACGCUGCUAAGCCUGUAUCUUCUGUUCGGCUACGGGGCGUCUCUGCUGUGCAAUCUCAUCGGCUUUGCGUACCCCGCAUAUGCUUCAAUCAAGGCUAUCGAGAGUCCAACCAAAGAAGACGACACUUUGUGGCUCACCUAUUGGGUGGUGUACAGCCUGUUCGGCCUAAUCGAAUUCUUCAGCGAUUUACUCCUGUUCUGGUUCCCUUUCUACUAUGCGGGCAAGUGCGCCUUCCUGUUGUUCUGCAUGACACCCGGGCCCUGGAAUGGGGCCCAUCUCCUGUACCGCCACGUCAUCCGUCCACUGUUUCUAAAGCAUCACGAGGCCGUGGACAGCAUCGUGAGCGACUUCAGCGGCCGAGUCCUGGACACAGCAGCCGGUCUCACCAGAGAUGUCCUGAGGAUUCUGGCCCAGAGCCGGGCUUUCGUCACCCAGGCGGCAGCGGAGGCGGCAGGCCCCCCGCUGCCCAUGGAGCUGACCGUGGAUGUGGGAGCAUGUGGGCAUGCGUGGGACUCCAUGUCUGCAGGACGGAUGCUCCGGUCCAGCAAGCAUGAUGCAGACACAGAAGGACCAGUGAAGUCCCCCACCGAUCCUUGUGAGGACCUCCAGGUUGGGGAGCUGGAUGCAACAGACCACCAGCCCUCCUUGGAGUCCUCCACCGUGUCUCCAGCUAAGGCCACCAGCCCCUCAGCGCCUGGCAAGACCCCUGGGGACGCCUCCCAUGAUGUCUCGGGCCAUGCCCUAAGUCCUGGGGUCCGUGAGCCCACCCGUUCUGCCAGCAGCUCCCAGCUGCCUAGCAAGCCCUGGGAACAGUUUCAGGCACAAGGCAACUCCACCAACCAGCCCCUUAACCACAACCUACGGCUCCCUCGUCUGUCCCUACCAUCCACGGGCCCCUCACACACUCCCCGCAAGUCCUCGGUCCCCUUGCUGACACCCCACAGGUCCUCGGCCCCCUCGCAGCAGCCCAGUGGUACCACCAGCCAGUUGCCUCCUCUGGUCCAGACCCCCAGUAACACCAACAUCCAGACACAAUCCCCCAGCAAAACUGCCAUCGAGCUGGAGGAUGCAGCCCCCAAGUCCAGUAGAUGUCACUCGAAGCGGACUCUGACGCGGCAUGCCAGUAACUCCUCGGUAGCCAAGCUCUGCCCCUCUGAGACCUUCCUAGAGACCACCUCCGAGUGUGUCUCUGAGUUUACCUUCAGGUGGCCCUAUUUCAAAGGGUGUCAACUCCAUUGUCUGCGGCACUGCUGGCAGCUGGAACGUUUGGCCUGCUAA